AUGGCAGAGCAGCAGGAACAGAAGGCCCCGGUUUGGUUGCCCCUGGAGAGCAAUCCUGACGUGCUCACCAAGCUGGCGCACGGUUUGGGUGCCUCGCCCGAGUGGUCCUUCACGGACAUCUGGGGCCUCGACGAUGAGGUGCUGGAUGCACAGACCCCCAUGUUCACCGCGCCAGUGAUCGCGCUGCUGUUCCUGUUCCCGUCCAAGGAGGACGCCGAGGCCAGGAAGCUCCCCGCUGACGAGAGCGCAGCCAUCCCCGUCUACUUCCUGCGGCAAGUGCGCUCUCUGGGCAACGCCUGUGGCACCAUCGGCGUGAUUCACUCCCUGGCCAACCUCGCCAAGUCCGGUUUCCCCAUCCUGGGCUCGGGUGCCCUGCAGAACUUCAUUGACAAGACCAAGGACAAGACGCCCGAGGAGAGAGGCGACCUUCUGGCCUUUGACGAGGAGAUCAGGAAGAUCCACGACGGGUUCGCGCAGCAGGGCCAGACCGAGGCGCCCGGCGAGGGCGACCGCGUCGACUUCCACUUCAUCAGCUUCCUCAACGUCGACAACCACGUGUGGAGCCUGGACGGCAUGCGCGCUCAGCCCACCGACAGGGGCGCCACCAGCCAGGAGACCUUCCUCAAGGACUGCGCGAAGAUCAUCAAGUCAGAGUGGCUGGAGAAGAACAAGGAGGAGAAGCUCUUCUCCGUGAUCGCACUUACCCAGCUGUCCGAGGACGACUAG